UUCGUCGAUGUUGCUUAAUAGACAACAGACAAGUGAAUGUAACGAUAUGACGGCGAUAAAUGUCGACAAGACGUGCUCCGUGUUACCAAUUUCUCCGCAAGAUCGUUGGAAAACGUCUCUUUUGACGAAUUGCGAUAUUAAUAAAAUAUUGGAACGCAAAUUCGGUAGUGGAAAGGCUCGACUGAUCGACUGGAGAUUGGAGUCUCUCGAUGGAAUAAAAGGUUUCCUCGGCCAAUACUAUUAUCUUCAUAUUAAGGCGCGAAUCAAUAGCAAGACGCAAAGUUUGCGGUUCUUUGGUAAAACUCCACCACCGACUCACAGCCCGCAGUUCGAAUUUCUGCAACGGUAUGACACGUUCAACAAAGAGAUCAUGAUUUACACGGAUUUGAUGCGGCGAAUGGGUGCGGGUGGAUCCCCGAAAUGGAUGGUAGAGUGUUACCUUUGCAAACGAAAUGUCAUUAUCGUUCUGGAGGACGCGUCGAUAGAUGGUUAUGCUACGUUGAACAAAUACAUACCGUACGACGAAGAGCACUGCGUUUGGUUACUGAGAACUCUUUCAAGACUCCACUCGAGAUCUCUGUUACUGGAUGAAAGACUACGUCGGGAAAGCGAUCGGACCAUCUUCGAUCUUUACGGACAACUGCUGAACGAGGUACUCUUUGUCGACGGGGACGAUAGAUCGGAGAAGGCUCUUACCUCUGGUAUUAUAGGCUUCUGUGCUAUGGUCGAUGAGCUUGAAGAACUCGAUGAUAAAGGGAAGAUCAUUGUUAAACGACGAAUUACUGAGUGGUCUCGAAAAAUGUCACAAUUAUUGGCACCAUCGAAGAAAUAUAGAAACGUCAUUUGUCAUCGUGAUAUUUGGUCAAACAAUAUAAUGUUCCGAUACGACUUGACCGGCAAUAUAAACGGCUGUUACUUAAUAGAUUUGCAGUUUCUUCGCUACUGCCCUCCGGCUAUCGACUUUGCGUGUUGCCUGUAUCUAACUACCGAUCGAAAUACUAGAGAUCGUAAUUUCGACUCCUUUGCCAGAAUUUAUCAUGAUUCAUUCGCACGAGGCCUGGCGGAAGAGGGUCUUGAUGUGGAAAAUUGUCUACCCUGGACGACAUUUCAAAAGAGUUAUGCAGAGAUGCGAGACGUAGCGCUCGUUUAUGCUGCGCUCAAUCUACAAAUAAUGUUGCUAUCCAAUGAAACAGCCACGGAUUAUUUUUGUGAUUCGACCGAAAAACUCGAGCAAGUUUUGUACGGGGACAAAAGAGGAGAGCUUGUGCGCUAUCAAUGCGAAAAAGAGCCGGCAUAUAAAAUGCGUAUCUUCGAGAUUUUACAUGAGAUUAAGGAUUGUCUACCUGAGCAUCCACCAAAUCUCUAAUUUCCAUAGAUUUUGUGAUAUAGUAUAUUUAGACGCUGUUUUACGAUAAAAGAUAAAAUUGAUUGUGAUUGGAAUUGUGCCAGGUACGAACCUAUCGUCGAUGUGUUUUUUACAAUGUUUAAUUUCUUCUAAGUUUCGAGAAUUGUAGUUUUAUCAUUGAAGAGAAAUGUAAAAGGAGGAUUCUCAAUUUGUACAAUAUAUUAGUAAUAUAAUAUAAAUUUUUUAUUAGUAUUAAUUAA